GACGACCUGACGUUCCAAGCCGCCGCUGACGCGGCGCUUCGUCGCGUCGAGACGGUCGUGGACCGAUGGGGCGAGGACCGCGCGACGCUCCCGGACUUUGACCUCAACGCCGAGAGCGGCGUCGUGACGAUCGCGCUCGGCGGCGGCCACGGGACGUACGUCCUGAACAAGCAAGCGCCGAACCGGCAGAUAUGGAUGUCGUCGCCGGUCAGCGGGCCGACGCGAUACGACUACGACGACGAGCGACGCGCGUGGAUCUACGCCAGGGACGGGCACGCGCUGCACGAGAGGCUCGCGAGCGAGCUGACGGCGAUCGGCGGCGGCGAGGUGGACCUCUCCGGGUUG